AUUUAUAUCAUACGUUCGCUCUUAUUUUUAAUAACCGGAAGUUCUUUUGUUUUGACACCAGCUCGGAAAUUGAAUCCGUUUGUUGUGGUGUGUCACGGGGACUUUGCGCUUUGCCUGAUACUACUACUGUUGCUGGCCAGUACAGACACAAUGGCGUCUACGCAAUUAAGCCCCCUUCUUCACGUUGAAUACCCGACGGCGCUGCGGUCCCUGCCGUUCGCCUUGCUGUCCUUCGUCCUCGUCGGGAGAGGCGAGGGCAACGCGAUGGACAACGUCGCAACCGAGAGGCUGGCUGAGGAAAGUCACCGCCAAGACAGUGCCAACCUGCUCAUAUUCAUCAUGCUCCUAACGCUCACCAUUCUCACAAUAUGGCUCUUCAAGCACAGGCGCUUUAGGUUCUUGCACGAAACGGGACUCGCCAUGAUCUAUGGCCUUCUGGUGGGCGUGAUCCUGCGGUUUGGCGUCCACGUGCCCCCGAGCAUGAGCGACGUGGUGCAGGGCUGCGCGGUCAACGCCAGUCCUGCCACCCUGUUGGUGAAUGUCAGUGGGCGAUUCUACGAGUACACGCUGAAGGGCGAAGUCAGCCGUGGCAAAGGCCACCAAGUGCAGGAUGACGAGAUGUUGAGAAAGGUUACUUUUGACCCAGAAGUCUUUUUCAAUAUUUUGCUGCCGCCGAUCAUCUUCCAUGCUGGCUACAGUCUAAAACGGAGACAUUUUUUCCGCAACAUUGGCUCCAUCCUGGCCUACGCUUUCAUGGGAACUGUUAUAUCCUGUUUUAUUAUUGGGCUCAUCAUGUACGGAUUUGUGUCCUUCAUGAAAGUAGUGGGCCAGCUCGGGGGAGAUUUUUACUUCACCGACUGCCUCUUCUUCGGGGCUAUCGUAUCGGCGACAGACCCAGUGACGGUGCUUGCCAUUUUCAAUGAGCUGAAGGUAGACGUGGACCUGUAUGCUUUACUUUUUGGGGAGAGCGUGCUCAAUGAUGCCGUGGCCAUCGUCCUCUCAUCUGUUGUUCUCCGCUUGGAGAAGCAGAGUAGGCGGGGGGCUCGAAUUGUGCGGCCCGAGGGCGAGGAGGAAUGGCUGAGGAAGAACCAGACAGUCAUUCCUCGCUCCAUUGUGGCCUACCAGCCUACGGGGGACAACAGCCACAGCUUUGAGGCCAUGGCCAUGCUCAAAUCCUUUGGCAUCUUCCUGGGCGUCUUCAGCGGAUCGUUUGCUCUCGGCGUGGCCACCGGUGUGGUGACGGCGCUCGUGACCAAGUUUACCAAGCUGAGGGAUUUACCCUUGCUGGAGACGGCACUGUUUUUCCUCAUGUCCUGGAGCACCUUCCUGUUGGCCGAGGCUUGCGGCUUUACCGGCGUGGUUGCCGUGCUGUUCUGCGGGAUCACUCAGGCUCACUACACCUACAAUAAUCUGUCUCGUGACUCACAGGACCGAACCAAACAGUUGUUUGAGCUGCUCAACUUUCUGGCAGAGAACUUCAUCUUCUCCUACAUGGGCCUGACGCUCUUCUCCUUUCAGUCGCACAUCUUCAACCCUUUGUUCAUCAUUGGGGCUUUUGUCGCAGUGUUCUUGGGCAGGGCGGCAAACAUUUACCCAUUGUCCUUCCUGCUCAACCUGGGCCGCAAGAACAAGAUCGGCUCAAAUUUCCAACACGUCAUGAUGUUUGCAGGACUGCGUGGGGCGAUGACUUUCGCCCUGUCCAUCCGAGACACGGCCACCUACGCCCGCCAGAUGAUGUUCUCUACCACCUUGCUGAUCGUCUUCUUUACCGUGUGGAUCUGCAGCGGCGGCACCAUGCCAAUGUUGUCCUUCAUGAGCAUUCCUGUCGGUGUAGACUCUGAUCAAGACCACUCGAGUUCCGGAGUGCUGGAUGGCUCACAAAGGAGGAACACCAAGCAUGAGAGCGCCUGGCCAUUCAGGAUCUGGUACAACUUUGAUCACAACUACCUGAAACCCCUCUUGACGCAUAGCGGCCCCCCUCUCACGGCUACUCUGCCCGCCUGUUGCGGACCACUGGCGCGGUGCCUCACCAGCCCGCAAGCAUAUGAGAACGAAGGGCCCCUCCACGACGACGACUCCGACUUCAUUCUGAACGACGCCAGCGCCAGCUCUAUGUACGCCGACGUCACCGUCAGCACGGACGGCUCGGGCUCCAGCGGCGUCAAGCGCCAUCGCCCGUCCACCGCCGACGAAGGCCUGGAUCACGAAUUGGCGCUGGCCGAGCACGAGGUGGCCAUCCGGGGCACCCGCCUGGUCCUGCCCAUGAAUGACCCGGCCGAUCCCCCUACCACCGUAACCCUGCCCCCUCCGCCCUCCCCGCCCCGCUCGGACCCCCGUAGGCACAGACUCUAAGAAAAGGUUUGCACUGGCGAGAUGCGGCUUGUUGUCGUCAUCAUUGAAAAUGCCACUAAGUUGAUUUUGUCUCCCACCUUUAAGGGCAGUGGCUAUAGUCACGUGACCGUAAUGUAUGUCCUGCAGGCUAUUUAUAAAGCAAUUAACAACUACAGAUUAUGACUGUCAUAUAAGACCUGUUCAGGCCGUGGCUAUUUCUAUGUGACUGUCGUAUAUCUUCUGUUAUUUCCCGACCAUAUCUCUUCAACGAUUUUUCCAAUGCCGACAUGUUGCUCGUUCUGGCCAGUCUUUUUUUACUCAUUGAGCCUUGCUUAGACAGUCACUUUUUAUUUGACCAUGAUUUAUUUUUCUUUAUAUUUCUAUGGUUUUGAAUUGGACUAACUCAGCACUUUUUUUCCUUUUUUUUUAACAGCUCUCCUGUUUUGCUAGUGUGAUUUGAUCUUGCUUAUGAGCAGUAUUCUUAUAGUAAUUCACCAUCUGGCUGAGAAAUGAACACUCUUCUUCUAUCCUGCUAAAACUUUUUCUGCACUUCAGGACUCAUAUUUUAGGUGUUUUACUUUUCUUGCUUCGCAGACUCAACAUCUGUUUUGCUGCUAUUAAGAGAGCGUGACUAAUCCACUUAGUAAUGCAAAUGAUUUAUGGAGAAAAAAAAACAGCCUGCAUAAUCUGUGAUGGUCAUGUCAUUACAGCCACUGUCCUAACUUUGAAUGAGUGGAAUGAUCAUCUGCUUUCACUGUUUCUCGUCGCUUAAAAUAUUCACGUAGACAGGUCGGCGUCAGGUAUGCGAGGAGCUUUACAAGGAGCUCUCCGUGACGGUAGGCUUGAACGUGAAAGCGCCACACGCAAGGUCAGGUACUGUCAACACGCAUGGAUGACGAGUCAAUGGUUAGCGAAGGCUGCGCUACACGAGAACUGACUACUUCCACACUUCCUGUAAAGACAUUUUAGCACUGCCCGUGUGGUUCAUUUAUGUAAUUUAUUUAUUUAUUUGUUUGUUCUUUCAUGGUAUUUCUUUAUUUGGAUUUGUUUAUAGAAGUAGGACAGCUCGGUGGCGAGACGCACCGUGACCGAGUCAUCCCACGUGAGGUACGCUGUACAAAUGUAGGGAGGUGAGGGCGGGGUGGUACUUUUUUUCCCCGAAAGUUUCUUAACUGUGUGUCUGUAAAAAAAAAUGUAUUGUUUCUGUGAGGUAGCAAGCUGCUUCUCACAGCGAGAGCUUCCCCUGUGAACGUCAUUUACAAGGUUGUGACUGAGACGCUGGGGGGAUCGGGGGUGGGGGGCAUGUCUGCUAAUCUGACUGAUGCACCACACGCGCUGUCUUUGGGAUGAGGGCAGGCUCAACUCUUGUGAAUUCAAGUGCCUAAAAUGUAAAUUGAACUCCUCAGUGUAGGUGUGUACAUUUGAUUUGUACAAUCAGGUGAUCGCUCUGAUUGACACUAAAUGCGCCAAUUGAUGUUGACUACUAACAGUGCAGGUGAUUUAUUUCCUUUCUCGAUGUAACGGGGAUGAACAAUAUGUCAUCAGAACUAAUAGAAUUGUACAUUAAUGUAAGGUUUACGCAAUUGUCGAGUAUACUGUACUUGUACUUGGAGUUUUUAAACGGUGGAACCUCCAAAGUUAAACGCACCUUAAGUAGGAAAAUCGAGUUGAACCAAAAUGUUCUGGAAGUAAUCCCUGAGACCGAUUACUAUUUGUAUCGGGCUGUGGCAUUUUACAGCAUUAUAGAAAGAUCACAAAUACUGAGAAAAGGUGGGGAGAUUAAUGUACUCUCACUUAAGAUUGACUCAUUUACCUUUACUUCAGCGUAGGUACACAGCAUUUCAUGUCUAUUUGUCUUACAGUAUAUGCUAUUGUGCAAUGGUAAACGGGUGCUUAAUAAGUAAACGAGUGAAUGCUUUUUGAGCCUGAAAAAAAUAAAAAAGAGCAAGUACAAUUUCGAAGUCAAGGGAGCAUAUUGCGUUGGACUUCGGAGGUUCCACUGUGGCAAUACAAAAGGAUUUCACUCAUUCGUCUGCUUUUUGCACAUAGGCAUCUCUGUAGUUGGUGGACUGAAACUCAUCCUGUUGUCUUUGUGCCGGGCGGGCUGGUCAACACCGUAAGAGAGUCUCUUGUCUUUAAUAGACCCGGUAACUAUUUAAUCCCUCCAAAGUGUUUUUGUCAAUUUUUUCUUUCCAAGCAGUAUUUAGAAUUCAGAUUUUCUACACAAUCAUCCACUCAAUUUGGAUCGCGUGUUAGUUACCUGUAUAAAUGAUUGAAAGAUACAGAUUUCAUUUAUUUAGUACUUUUGUUAUGCCGAUUACACGUGCAACUAAAUAUAUUUCCAAAAAAAUGUCUGAUUCUGCUCUUUGUCGAGCUCAAACACUGGAGUUGGUGAGCACCAAAGGAAUGUGUUUAUGUCAACAUUUUCUUUAAAAAAAAAUGUGAUCUAGUAUUCCGACAAGAUUUGACUGACUUAUUCUUUCCUGCACUCUCAUUCUAUAUUUUUGGUCCUCUGUCUGGCAAGAUGCAAAAAUACCAGAAAUAAAUGUCAAGGACUGCACAUUU